GCCGGAUUUUUUUUUUUUGAGGGGCCAAAGGCCUUUUCUAUCCGCUCAGGAAACAAAAGUUCCUUCGACUCUCUUCCCACUCAACUCUGUCGCUCUCGCUUCCUUCUAGCUUCCUUUCCCUCCGAUAGCGAUUCGGUUCGGUCUACAGUCAACCUCGGCUCGCUAUUGUUUCUCGACCCUGCCACGACUGCUUUCACCGAACGAAUUCCCGUUCUGUCACAGUUCUUGACGAAAGUCCACGUUUCCCUUUCUUCUAGGCAGAAACGCCUCUUUUCCUUUUAGUCAACACACUUCCGUCGACCGACUGUUCUGGUACCUUACCUGGGUUACUUGUACUCGCUCAGCACCCGCCGUACGUUGCUUUCCUGUCGGUAAAAUAAAUAAAUAAACGGAUCAACGAACCAGCGUUGUCUUACGGUUUCGCUUUUCCACGAGUUUCCGGACGAACCUCUUGGGAGAAUAAUAUCCCUCGUAGGUCCUGGGCGACUUAAGAAGGCACCUGUUCUCUGGUUUGCUUCUGCUCUUUGUGAGAGUUUCUGCAACUGUUAGGAGUUUGAUUGCCCCGUCAUCCUUUUUCCUUUUUGAAAGCGGGUUUUGUCGUCCCUGGGCUAUUGCAACUUUGUUGACGGCUCAAUUUCCGAAAACCCCACGAAGUACGGCAACUUCCAUUCCCCUCUCUCAUAUUCCAUAGGAAUUUGUGUUAGGUCAUAAUAGCCUUUCGCAUCAUUCCCCUUGAAUUCUUGUGAUAGAGGUACAACUUUCUCUCUUAUAAACGUUCUCCGUGCCAUGACUACGUCUGGAAGCAGGCCAUUAAACUCCACGGAGAAUACAUUCUCUUACGCCGCUGCGGCUUCUGGGAAGAACUCUACUGGCCCGACAACCAGAUCGCAAUCUGCUACUUCAAAAAAUCCUGUUGUUUCUUCAAACGGUUCCGCAGGCACACAACAUCCUGUAUCGGCUUCGUCAUCAACAGCGCACAGCAUGAACGGCGGUACCGCUCCAACGAUAAGGACUUCUACCCCCCACUCGGUUGCGAUGCCGGAUUCCUAUCUAAAGCGGGGUUCAGAUAUGAGGGCCGCCCCCCCGGCUGCUUCAGUUCCAUCACCUGGCCUUGGAACUUCGUCAUCGGUUGUGUCCAAGGAGGACGAUUCUCUGUCAGCUAUAUUGUCCGUGCCGGAAGACAAGGCAAAUUCUUGGGAGAAACAGUCCCAGACGUCUAGUCAUGCGGAUAACAAGUCAAGUUCUGGAAGUAGAACGCCAGAUGUUCAUAGGGGCGGUGAUCUUAUCCCCGCCUCUAUCCCUCCAGUAAAUCCCUGGAAGGUAAGAUCCGAGAGUAUCGCCAGAAAACCCCCUUUUCCGGCCCCUGCCAUCCCAGCACUCCCGAAGUCUAUGGCGGGUCCUAACGCUGCCUCCGCAAAGGCUAGUAGUGAGGGGUUGGCUGAGCGAGGGGUAGUUGCGGGAAAGGAAGUUCCAGCCAAUGACCCGUCUGAAGUUCACGAUAGGGGGAAGGGUGAAGAGCUAUCGAGCACAACUGGGGACUGGAAGGAUGCUCAGGCAAAGGAUCGUAGGAAGGGUGGAGAGGCUGCUAAGGUUAAUGGUUUUGUUGGAAUGGAUGGCGGAGUUCCGAGAAAGUCGGGGAAGAAGGGUCAACAAGAGAAGGAGCUAACUGCCCCUGUCCUUCCUCCUCCGGUAACGGACACAGAAUCUUGGCCGACACCAGAGACGGCCCAGGAUGGGGCGGAGAAAUACAAGAAGGAGAGGGCUGAUAAAGACAGGCCUAAUGCGCCUGUAGCUCGAGGGAACAAAGUUUGGGUUGCGGCGGCUGAGAUAGUUCCGGAGUACGUACAACCAUACAAAGCACCUCGUGGAGGCAGGAGCAAUCGUUCAAUUCGCGAAGGUGGCGGUAGGGGGGCUGGGGCUUCUUAUCAGGCUGGGGAGAGGAAUACUUAUGGGUCUGAAAAUGAGCGUGGCCGUCAAGGCGCCGGUGUGAGUGCAGCUCGUGGGGGCUAUCAGGGCGGGAAAGGUGGCAAACGGGCUACAAGUGCUGGUGGAACCCCCCAGCGUCGUGAUUCCAAGGUUGCGUUGCCGACUGCUACUAGCGAAAGAAAAAGAGAGUUUGUGAAAGAUGGCGUCGAACCUGAUUCUGGGCCUGGCCAAUCGGUAAAGCCGUCAGGGGCGCAGGGCGACGGGCUGCCUAGUGGCUCAGGGGCCAAGGCAGCAGAUCAGCCCAAUGAGGGCCAGGACCGCAAUUACCAAAAUGGCCAAAACUUGCAUCAUAACUCGGGAGAACGCGUUCCUUAUCGAUCCUUCAAUAAUCGAUCCGAUUACUCAACUGCUGAAGGGGGCUCUUCGCAUCCUCCGCGCGAGAGAGGAAUGGAGCCCCGCGGGCGCGGCGGCCACAGGGGGCGGAACGGAAGCUUCUAUGGUUCACAAUAUUCAAAUAAUCACCACAACGGUGGUCAUCAUGCCGGUUCCGGCUCUUAUAACUCUACACCCCAAAAUUUCCACCCGGGCCAUACCAAUGGCCAGUAUUCGUCUCAGAAUCCACAGGCAUCGGGCAGAUCAUACAGGGGUUCCUCGAGAGCGCACUCACUGCCAAAUACGGCAGUCUACAACAGGUUUCCAAAUCCCCAUAUGCAGUCACCGCCAUUCGUGCCUUUCCAGGUGCCCUAUGGAUUUGAAAUGGUGCCACCGGGCGAGGCUCCAAUGGUGGGUAUUGCAUUCCCACCGUUGCCAGAAAUUACCAAUCAGAUCAAUUACUACUUUUCGGUUGAUAACCUUUGCAAGGAUAUGUAUCUACGAAAGCAUAUGGAUAACGAGGGUUUUGUUGCAUUGUCGUUCAUUGCAAACUUUAACCGAGUCAGAGGCUUGACGCAAGAUCCCAAUAUGCUCAGGGAUGCAUGUAUGCAGUCUCAGGAUUUGUUCCUUAUACCUGGCCCUGAUGAUUGGUAUCUCCGCAAAGCAGAAGGGUGGGAAAAGUGGACUUUGGCUGAGGAGGAGCGUGAACCAUCUGCUCGUGGAUCGCGUGCACUGGCAUGUGGCGACCCAAGGUUACUCGGUUUGCAGAACGGUGUACCAGGUGAAAUGUCAGGCUCUGCCCCGCCCUUCAACCCUGAUCCUAGGAGGAACAGGUCUUUGGGUACUAUAGCCGUUGGCGCACCUCCGUUUAUUCCAUCUGGGGGUGUCUAUCCUCAAUCUGCGGGCGGCAUGGGAAACUAUGGGACUCUACUGUCGGCUGAAGUUCCGGAGUUCUCGCCAUCUUUCGCAAAUAUGAACGGAUUAUCCAAUGUCUUCGUGCCACAACAUGUGGAUCAGGAGUUUCCCGAUUCCGAUGUUGACCAAUUGAUUAUUGUUGUCAAGCGCCCUGCCGGGGACAGUAAACCGUCUUCACCCGUAGCUUCCCCUUCCAAGCCUCGCUCGAAUGGCAUUGUGUCACCAACGCUUACUAAUGGUGACAUGUCUGGACAUGACUCUAGCAUGGUAUCUCCUUCCAGCGCAGUUUUCCCUGGAAAUUCGGGUGAUAGAUCUAUGAAUGCCCAAGGCGAUGUUGGUUGGUUGCUGUCACAAGACGUUCAAGGGAGCACUGAAACUCCGAACACGCCUCCCAAAAAGCUUGUCCAUAGAUCUUAUGGUAAAUUUCUCUCUCAGACCGUGAGCCAGAGGAAAGAGAGCACCAAACCUACUAAGAAUAGCGAUAUGGCCACUCUGUACCGUUUCUGGUCCCACUUCCUACCCCAAAAGUUCAACGGGAGGAUGUACAGCGACUUCAGGAAAUAUGCCUUAGAGGACGCCAACCAUUCUUUGAGGUCGGGCUUGGAGAGUCUUUUUAAUUUCUACGAAUCUUCCCUCAAUUAUCGGGAGAGUAUUAGCGAGAACUUGGUCCAAGACUUCGUUCGACUGGCAAAGGUCGAUGGGAAGAAUGGGUUUGAGUAUGGACCUCAGAAACUUAAGGCUGUGUUGGGAAACGAUGGCCUCAAGUUGCAUCACAGGCAAAGUAUCGAGGAGCUUCUAGAUGCAGAGGUGAACGGCUUUCUUGAGGGUGGAGUUGAGAAGAAGGACGGACAGCUUGCAGAGCUAUAUACUAUAACAUUUGCAGUUUAGCUGCAUCCUAGGGGGAUCGUUCCAACCGCGACGUGAAGUUAUUUUGUGUGACAGACGACGUUACUUGAUGGCUGAUAUAAAUAAAUGAGGUUGAUUGGAUGGCGAAAAACAAAAUGUUAGCUGGUAUUUGUUCCAAUAAAAAGCACAAAUUCGGCGUCUUGUUUUUUUUUCCUUCUUUUUUCUCAGCUAUCAACCAUGUCCAUCCUUUUCCUUAUUUUCCAUCUCUCUUGCGAUACUUAGUUAUCCAUUAUCACUUUCAAGUUCAGCGAACCUAGAUUCCUCUACUCUUUUUACUCAGCUUUUUUCGGAAAAGAAAUUGGCCUGGCUCUGUUUUUCAUCAAUCUUAAUUUUCAUUUGGCGUCUCUAUCGGUUUUUUCUCAUCCCAACCUCAACGAAAAUAAUUCCUUUGGUUUUGUUUCACUGGUGUUUUGUUAUAUUUUCAUCCCUUUUUGCGUCAUUUGGCUUUUUUUGCUCAGGUCUCUUCGGGUUUCUAUUGACUCUACUCUGCACUCUACUCUUGCCUAAUUGUACGCCAAGGCGGGAUGUAUUUUAUGUCGGCUCACAAUAGGGUGGAUUGGAACCGGGGUAUGGAGGGCAUUGGCCACGAAUAGGCGAUGGGUGUUGGGGGGCAAGCAUCCCGGAUAUGUUGAAUAAACGUGGGGACACAAUUUCGGAAUGCGGGAUAUGACAGGGGUUUCUCUCUUUUAUCUCCCUCGCCAACUCUCCCACCCAUCCCUUUCUGCUGUAUACAUUAACCAGACAUUUGGUCUCUUUUAUUUUUCUCCCUUUCCCUCUUAUCCUCCCUUUCUUUCGUUCCGUUUUAAACAGACAUUUCGAUUCUCAUAGUUCGGAUACUAGUGACAUCGAAACUAACCUAUCCCCUUGAAACGGGAUAUUCUUUGUAACGGAUUUACCUUCGUUUUUCCCUACUUCAGUAUCAUCAAUUCAUGGGUUUUUCUUUCUCCUUUUUCUCUCCUCUGAUUCCUUAUCUCCCUCAUUAUCCGUUUUCAUACUUUUUAUUUUCUCUUACCGCUUGGUGUUUAUUAUUUCUUUCUCCUUUGCAUGGGACUAAAAUUGGUGUGCAUGGCAUAUGGUUAAGUUUGUUGUGUCGCUGGGUUAGGUUGGGUUGGACUGGCUUAAGCUGAAGCCGUGGGCUGAGCUUAUGACAAACAGGGGAGCUGUCCGGGCUGGGUCGGGGUCGGAGUUGGGAGGGUACAAAAAUGGAAAAACAGACAUGAAUUUUUAUUCUAUUGCGUGCAACUUUCCGAUCCAUCCAUCCAUCUGCCCGUCUACCUGUUUGUUCUGCCCACUCAUUCUAUUGGUCUAUUUGUUCGCUUUUGCUUAUUUACUUACUCCCUGUGUCUUCUGGUGUGUGGGUGCGUCAUUGGUGGUCACUCGUGGAAAGUAUAGUCCUGACGGGUUUACCUUG